AUGAAUUCCUUUGAGCGUUUUUGCUCAAUUUUGUACGAUUACGAAAGUCAAAAGAAGGAAAAUAAGAGACUAGGGAUAACCGAACCUGUAAUAUCUCGAAUUUGUGAUAUGAGCUUUGAUUUCGCCGACGCUCCCCCACCAAUCCCAAGAGGACCUUUAACACCCCCAUCAGUCAUAAUGCAUAAACCAAAUGUAUUCCUACCAUCUUCGAGCACUUCAACAAUCAGUUACGAAAAACAAAAUGAAUUCAAAGGUUUCAAACGUCAACCUGUUGAAGACCAAGAAAAUAUUAAUCAUGACAGUCCUCAACCUUCUUCGAGCACUUCAACAAUCAGUAACGAUAAACCAAAUGUAUUCAAAGGUCUCAAACGUCAACCUGUUGAAGAUCAAUAUAUUUAUAGCCAUGACAGUCCUCAUCCUUCUUCGAGCACUUCAACAAUCAGUAACGAUACAGUUACUGAUGACAUCAGGUUGUUGGAUGUAAGUGGCGACGAUGUGGAGACAAUCGAUAAAGUUCCGAUCAAAAUGGAAAAGAUCGAGAACGUCAACGAUCCAAUUAUAAUUAUCGAUGAUGAUGACGUUGAAAUGAUGGGCGACAACGUGGAGACGAUUGAUAACAUUCCUAUCAAAACCGAGAAGAUCGAGGUGAAUAUCAAAUUGGAGAACAUUCCUAUCAAGAUGGAAACGCCAUCUAUUGGACCAUGUCACCAUCCAAAGCACGUGGAGUACGAAGAAUUAGGCCUCACAAAAAACUCCUUCGUAAGAAUCACAAAAAAUCUUGCCAAGGUAGUUGGGAUUGACCGAGGCUUGAUGAUUUGCCGAGGAUGCGUGAAGCAAACUCAUCACGACACUGAGUAUACCUCCCAUCAGGAUUAUAUUUCUCCAAAGAAAGCGAGAAAAGAUAAGAUGUUGAAGAACCUAAAGAUUGAUAUGUUUGGGUUUGGGACGAAUAAUAUUCCUUCACGGCGAAAAUGGAUCAUAAUUGAUUAA